AUGAUGGCCCCAAGUACUGAGGACCCCGAAACUGUUGUUGAUGCUCAACGUCGUGGCAGCUUCUCAAAGAAGAAAAAUGGAAAUGGAUGGAGUUUGGGAAAUGAGAAUGAUUUGGCUAAAAACAUGGAACCACUCACGGAUUGUAAGACUGCGAUGGAUGUUGAUGAUCAGGAUGGUUCUGGUAGCCCUCUCAAAGAGAAAAGCCCAUCACUUGGAUCAGCAACUGCCAAUUUCAUUCGUUCAUCCGUUGCACCAUCCCAUCAAACUGCUCAAAAUCCAUUGGAACUUCGUCCACCAUCACCAGGCUAG